AUUCCAAACGGUUGUUGCGCAGACAAGGCGAGGGGUUUUCAAAAGCACAGCAGACAUUCGUGGUCACCUCGCCGUUGGAUGCUUAGACGAGAUACGUUGUAACACCGACAGACUGCAUCUGCUUUGUUGUGAGGAUGAGUUCCGUUGAUGUGAAUGAUGAGAAUCGUGGGGUCUGCCCUGGAGGAAAGCAUAACAGCUCAAUUAACGACAUCUUUGCCCUGGAUCAGCCAACCGGGAGGCCAUCAAUCCUGCGUCAGACAGAGAACCUGCCCAGCAAGACUGUUCAAAAGGCGGCAAAGGUUUGUUUUCAGACUCCAAGAAGAGAUCCUGUGACUAAAAGAAUUGUAUCUCCAUCCAAGUCUGCCAGGAUGACAAGUGUGGACGAGUGUACAAAAGGGUUGGAGUCCCUAAAUUUGGAUAAAAUAAAUACUUUACAGAAAGAGGCCACUGAGCAGCCUGAGCCCAAACCAGAAGUGUCCUCUUACCCUGAUGAUGACAUGCCGAUACAAAGCAAAGGAGGCUAUCAGUUUGAUUUUGACAACCUCGACUCUAUCAAUCCAUUUAACGGUUCUGAUAAGAUGGUCCUCACUCCUGUGAGGCCUGCUGUUGAAAACCAUCCUGCGGAAUCUCAAAAUACAAAACCAGAGAAUAUCUUGGAGGAUCACACCGAAAAAGAAACUGCACUAGACGAGACCCUUCCAUUCACGCCGUCUGUGGAAAACUCACUGGUUGACGUCUCCACCGACAUCAACUCCAGAGAGAGCAGUGUGGUCACAGUGGCGAAUGUCCCAGCCGUUGAGGAACAAGAUUCAUACACUGCCACACCUGAUGAAAAACAACCUGGAAGAAGGUCUCCAAAUGUUGAUCAAGACAAACUCUCGGGCAGUUUUAUGGAAGAGGCUCCACUGCCAGCAAACGGUGCUUACAACUUGGAUUUCGACAACCUUGAUGCAGUCAAUCCUUUCAAAACCGGUGGCUCUAAAAUUCCGAAUUCCCCUGUCCCUGGGGGAAAAGUGCCAAACAGUAGCCCACCUGUUGAGGAGACGCAGAAAAAAGAAAAUAAACCCACACGUGUUGUUAACAUAUCUGAGGCAGCCCAAGAGGCACUGGAGCUGGUCGACUUCUCCACAGACGUCAUCUCCAGUGGAAGCAGCGUGGUCGCAGUGGUGAAGGUCCAAGCACACGAGGAACGAGAUUUAUGCACUGCCACACCUGAUGAAAAACAACCUGCUAAAAUGUCUCCAACUGUGGAUCAAGACAAAAUGUCAGGCAGUUUUAUGGAAGAGGCUCCACUGCCAGCCAAAAGUGCUUACAGCUUGGAUUUUGACAACCUUGAUGCAGUCAAUCCUUUCCAAAUCGGUGGCUCUAAAAUUCCAAAUUCCCCUGUCCCUGGGGGAAAAGUGCCAGACAGUAGCCCACCUGUUGAGGAGCACCAGAAAAAGGAAAGUAAACCCACAAAUGUUGUUAACAUACCUGAGGCGGCUCAAACAGCACUGGAACUGGUCGACGUCUCCACAGAUGUCAUCUUCAGUGGAAGCAGCGUGGUCAAAGUGGUGACAGUUCCAGCAGACGAUGUACAAGAUUCAUGCACUGCCUCACUGGAUGAAAAACAACCUGCUAAAAUGUCUCCUACUGUCGAUCAAGACAAAAUAUCAGGCAAUUUUUGGGAAGAUGCUCCCCUGCCAGCCAAGAGUGCUUACAGCUUGGAUUUUGACAACCUUGAUGCAGUCGAUCCUUUCCAAACCGGGGGCUCCAAAAUUCAGAAUUCGCCUGUCCUUGGGAGAAAGGUGGCAGACAGUAGCCCACCUGUUGAGGAAACACAGAUUAAAGAAAAUAAACCCGCCAGUGUUGUUGUCAUACCUGAGGCGACUGAAGAGUUGCCUGUUCAGCCUGAGAAUAAACCCACAGCCACAGUGGCCCCAAUCUCAGCUAAUGCUGCCAAAACUCCCUCUGCUGAAUCCACGACCCCGCCAGCUGAUGCCCCAAUCAAGGAAGGACCAGUCAAACUGGAGUUUAAUUUCGAUGACAGCAGUGAGGUCAAACCCAAACUGCCACCCAAGAAAUUUGGCAAAAGGCCAUCAGGUGUGAAACCUAAAGCUGGAAAGCCGGCAUGUGACGUCAAACCACAUAAAGAAACUUCAGUGAGGCCUGCUGCCAGUGACGUUGCUAAUGUUCCCGCUCCCAAAGGGUCCUACUCGUUUGACUUUGACAAGUUUGAUGACCCAAACUUCAAUCCCUUUGGCACAAAAGCAAGCAUGAACAACUCUACAAACUGCAGUGAGAAAUCCGUCCCAGUGCUCAUGGAAACUUCCAUUCCAGAGCAAGAGAACAAGCCUGUGGAGGAGGAAACCGUAUCAUCAGCAUGCGAUGGAGAGUGUGUCCCAGCUGCAGCCGAACCCAACCCUGGAGCGAUGAGAGAAAUCACUGAAUACAAAGCUGCUUGUGACCAAGCCGAGGGAUUCCAACUUAAAGCUGAGCGACCCGUGGCGAUUCUUCCUGAGCUUUCUGAAUUGUCUCAGCCAGAGCUAAAGUCCCAGACCGCCAUGUCAGAAUUCAAUGAGGAGUUUGUUCCUGGAACUAUGUUCAUGGCCAAUGACUUUGAUGGGCAAAUGGAUUACCUUGAACAGUUUGGCUCCAGCAAUUUCAAGGAGUCUGCGUUGAGGAAACAAUCCUUGUACCUUAAAUUUGACCCUCUCAUGAGAGAGAGCCCCAAGAAGUGUGCAGGCCCGGCUGCUCUCGCCCACGGCCCGCGCCCCGCUGCCUUUGUUUCACGGCUGGAAAAUCCACAGAUGGCAGAAAACACUUCAAAUGGACCACAAAAGGAUGAUUUCAAACUGUUUGAUGCUACAGCACCAGCUCCUCCAAUCCUUGCGGACCUCGUCCCUCCUUUCCCCCAGACGGCGAACACAGAGGAUGCCAUUAUUGAAGUGCUGAAGUACAGUCAGAAAGACUUGGAUGCAGCCAUCGCCAGGGUCCAGGCAGAAGGAAAAGUAAAAGAGGAGCAGUGGAGUGCAAAGUAUAAAAAGAUACUUGACGAUGGUCAAGAAAUGAGGAAAAUAAUUGCAGAAUUUGAGCUCAUGAUUGCAAAAAUGAUGGCUGAUCAAGAGCAGGAGAGGGAGCUGGCCAAGGUGAAGCUCCACGAGGCUCUGCUGGAGAAGGAGCAAGUGUCCAGUGACCUGAACACGAUGGAGAGAUCUUUCUCCGACCUUUUCAAGAGACUGGAGAAGUACAAGGAUGUUGUUGAGGGCUACAAAAAGAAUGAAGAGACUCUGAAAGCGUGCGCUCAGGACUAUUUGGCAAGGAUCAAAAAGGAGGAGCAGCGCUACAAGACCCUUAAAGCCCAUGCUGAGGAGAAAAUUACUCAGGCAAAUGAAGAGAUUAAUGUGGUGCGAUCCAAGAACAAGGCUGAGAUAUCUGCACUUCAGGCUCAGCUGAAACGGGAGCAGCUGAAGGUGCAGUCACUGGAGAAGAGCCUGGAUCAGAAGGAGAAGGAGGCUGAAGAGCUCACCAAACUCUGUGAUGAACUUAUCACCAAAGUCCAGAAGGGUUGAGCUCAUUUGUAAAUACUGUACAUUUUAGUUAUUCUUCAUUGUUGCUGUCAGAUCAUUUUCUUGUGUUUGUUUGUCUUUAUCAAUGUUACUGUAAAAAAAGUUAAUAAAGAUGAUUUUCAAGUUUUAGAGA